GUCCCCACCAACUCUUUAGUGCGAACGCUUCCUGCUGUCACCAGCCUGAGARGCCAGUGGCUUGGCUUUGAGGCAGAGAGGGCUGUGAUCAAAUCAGCCUUAGGUCUCCUCUUAGGACCAGUAACUUGGGUUUCAGAGAGAGGGGGAGAGAGGGACACCCUCUUGGGCCUUCGGCUCGGAGCGUCUGCUCCCUGGAACGAGGUGAAAGAAGGGUAUUUCAAGCACUAUAAAAUUCCUGUGUCAAGGGCUCCCUUUCAACCUCGUCACUUGAAGAAGCUCUGCUUGACCUUCCUCCAACCCCAUGGCCAAGAGAGUUGCAGUGAUUGGAGCUGGUGUGAGUGGCCUGUCCUCCAUCAAGUGCUGCUUGGAUGAGAACCUGGAGCCCACCUGCUUUGAGAGAAGUGAUGACUUCGGGGGACUUUGGAAGUUCACUGAAGAUUCCAAAGACGGGAUGACCAGGGUCUAUCGGACGUUAGUGACAAAUGUCUGCAAGGAAAUGUCAUGUUAUAGUGACUUCCCUUUCCAAGAAGAUUAUCCCAAUUUCAUGAGACAUGAGAAAUUUUGGGACUAUCUACAAGAAUUUGUUGAGCACUUUGACCUCCUGAAAUACAUUCGGUUUAAGACCACUGUGUGCAGCGUGACAAAACGUCCAGACUUCUCCGAAACGGGUCAAUGGGAUGUCGUCACAGAGAUGGAGGGCAAGCAGGACAGAGCAGUCUUUGAUGCUGUCAUGGUGUGCACAGGACACUUCCUGAGUCCCCAUUUGCCUUUGGAGUCCUUUCCUGGAAUCCAUAAUUUUAAAGGCCGGAUCCUGCACAGUCAAGAGUACAAGAGCCCAGAAGGCUUUCAGGGGAAACGUGUCUUGGUGAUUGGUCUUGGGAACACUGGAGGAGACAUUGCGGUGGAGCUCAGCCGAACAGCAGCUCAGGUACUUCUCAGUACUAGAACUGGCACCUGGGUUAUCAGCCGCUCUUCAGACAGAGGCUACCCUCUUAACAUGAUGAUCAAGAGAAGAUGCUAUACGUUUAUUAACCAACUGCUGCCUCCAUGUUUCGUAAACUGGCUUCAAGAGAGGCAGAUGAGUAAAAGACUAAACCAUGAGAUUUAUGGAUUAAGUAUUACAAAGGGGAAGAAAAAAAAAGUUAUUGUGAAUGACGAGCUGCCAACCUGCAUCCUAUGUGGGCUGGUCACUAUGAAAACCGGUGUGAAGGGAUUCWCAGAGACCUCUGCCAUCUUUGAAGAUGGGACAGUGGAAGCCAACAUUGAUACUGUGAUCUUCACUACAGGAUAUAUAUUUUCUUUUCCCUUUCUUGAAGAACCUCUCCAAAGCCUUUGUAGAAAGAAGAUAUUCCUACAUAAGUGGGUCUUUCCCUCAAGCCUGGAGAGAGCAACAUUAGCCRUCAUUGGCCUUAUCAGCCUUAACGGGUCCAUCUUAUCAGGCACAGAGCUCCAAGCACGGUGGGCCACAAGAGUGUUCAAAGGWCUCUGUCAGAUCCCUCCACCCCAGAAGCUGAUGGCCGAGGUCACUAAAAAGGAGGAGCUCAUUCAAAGGGGCGUGAUCUCGGACGACAGUCAGGACAAGCUCGACUACAUCCUCUACCUGGAUGAGCUUGCCGCGUGCAUCGGCGCCAAGCCCAGCCUCCCACUGCUGCUCCUCAGGGAUCCCAGACUAGCCUGGGAAGUCUUCUUUGGACCCUGUACCCCUUACCAAUACCGCCUGGUGGGCCCCGGAAGAUGGGAAGGAGCCAGAAAUGCCAUCCUGACCCAGUGGGACAGGACCCUGAAGCCUCUCAAAACCCGAGUCCCUCCCGACACCCCCAAGCCUGCCUCCACGUCACACUGCUUGAGAGCUUGGGGUGGCCYUGUGCUGCUGGCCUCUCUCCUACUUAUCUACAAGUCUUCCCUUUCCAAGUGGAUGCAGGACAGACUCUCCCCUCAGCUAGGGCUGAGCUUUGGGUGUGCCCCCUGGAGUUCAUGGGCUGGCAGACUGGCUCCAGCGUGGCAGCACUGAGAGGUGGGGACUAGGGGAGGGACUGGGGUCAUGCAGACUCUACCUACCGUCAUAAACGGAUCAAUGCCACUCACAGAACUGGAUUAGUUUCCAUGAGGUUGUUAUAAAGUGAGGCUGCCCCUUGUUUUCUCUCCUUCUAAGGCACCUGCUUGAGAAGCAAACCUCCCACCUUUCAACAUGCUAUGAAAACACAGUUUCACCAGAAGUUCCCCUAGGCCCUUGGAUGUCCCAGCCUCCAGAACUGUGAGCCAAAGAAACUUAUUUUCUUUAUAAAUUACUAAUCUCAGGCCUUCUGUUACAGCCAUGGAAAAAUGGACUAAUACACCUAGUGUUUGGUGAGGACGAAGCUGAUUGGUUUCAAGGAUCAAACCAUGCCAUGAUGAUCCUAUCUUCAAGUAUCUUGUGUAUCCCUUCUAUCCUUCCUCCGUACCGUCUACAAUCCAAGUUCAGGUCUAGUCAUCUCUUAGCAGAAUUAUUAUAUUGUGUAUCACUCUUUGGUCUCAGUACCCUCUCUCUCUUUCCAGUGCACAUGCUAUCCUAAAAUAACAGUGUGAUCAUCAUUGCCAAACAUAAAAGUAUGAGCAUUCUUGCCUAAAAUUAAAAUGAUCAUCAUUCAUAUCAGGGUCCUGAAAGGAAUAAGAUGAUGAUACUCAAAUUGAAUAAUUUGUGGAAAUUUAAUAUAGAGAUUAAUCAAAAAGAUGUGAGCAUUGCUGGGAAAUUGUAGGGGUCGUAACAUGCCCUCAGACCACAGUGAGGUGGCUGACUAUCCCUAGACCACAGCAGGCCAGAAGGAGAGGAAUUACUAAUGAAAGCAGGAAGGAGCUUUGCACAACAAGAGCCACGGCUUUCAGCUGCACGAGGAAGGCAGGCCUGAGGGCCCCCAGAGUGGGAAGCUGAGGGGCAGACGGUCUGUUCUCUCUUCCUUCCCUCGUUCACCUCCAAAGCCAACCAAGAGUCUGAGGCGGGGUGCCAGCUGUKGUCCAGGAGUCGGCCUCCUGGGUCGGUCACCCUGCUCUGUGCAGCUGAGACGACUGGUCAAGGUCACUCCCUGGAGAAGGAGACSUGGGUCAUCACCUGAACUCUGGUGUCAGCCAUGAGGCCCUGGCCAAGGAGCCUUUCCAAGCCUCAGUGCCCUCACCUGGAAAGGGAGGGUAAUAAUGGCACCGAGUGCAGGGUGAGCAGUGAGAGAGACGGUGCAGGGCAUCCAUGCAGAACUGAAAGACAUUUUGUAUUCUCUGCCUUAAGGGGCUAUUGUGUAAUCAGGAGGCUUGGCCUGUACAGCUCAGUCUCUCUUUUGACCUUGUGUCCCCUCCACCCUCAGAUGGACUCUCCUGAAGGCAGCAGGUAAACAGUAGCAAAGGAGGGUUAGAAAUCGCCAUCCUGAAACGACCAGUGAAGGUGUCCGGGUUUACCUGUGCUCCUCGGUGGACUUCAAACCCCACUAAGGCAGACCCACAGGAGCCACGUCCAGCUUAAGCUAACUGCACACCCGUUCUUGAGGGAGAGAGUGGAACUGAGGAUGUCUCUUAGUUCAUCAGAACUUAAACUUACAAUGUGCUAUUUUUUCAAUGCAAUA